AUCCUCAAUGCUGUGCCCAAGAAGAAGGUCAGCCACUCAAGAAAGAGGAUGAGGGCGGCAAACAAGGGGUUGAAGGACAGAAUGGAUCUCGUCCACUGCGGAGGAUGUGGUCGACCAAAGGCAAUUCAUCAUAUCUGCCCGCAUUGCUUUGGGGAUAUCGCAAGGAGGCAAAAGACC